UUUUGUCAGGUGCCCCCGCCAUGUCACUAUGGCCUCUGCCAGCCAGCCUGGACCCCUGAGAGGCAGGAGUUACAGGCUGAAGGUCUGACACAAGCAUUAGUGAGAUGCUCCCCUCGAAGAAUAGUCUGUUUCUUCUAAGGACUGAUUCUCACCCCGGCUGUGGCUCUCCUAAUUUUAGAGGGUCCUCCAAAUGCAGUGAGGUUAGGAAGGACGCCUGCGCUCAGAUCAAGAAUCCAGUUACCUCAAAGCUCCCCAACUUCCACCUCCGCAGGGCUAUGACGUCAUGGCAGGCACACCAGAGGCCGAAGGAUGCAAAAGUGGUUUUUCUGCUUUCGAUGAUGCAAUCAUUCAGCGACAGUGGCGGGCAAACCCCUCCCGGGGCCGGGGAGGUGUGAGCUUUACGAAGGAGGCUGAUCCCAACGUGACCACCGGCGCCCCUCCACGCCGCCCACGAGUCCCCAGGCGUGCGUGCCCUUGGAGGGAGCCAAUCCGCGGUCGGCGUGAGGCCCGGCCCGGCGGACGUGGUGCGGGAGGGACGCCCGGGGAGACCGUACGUCACUGUUCUGCGCCGGAAGACCCUAUUUUCAGGUUCUCUUCCCUCCAUUCCUACCUCUUCCCCGGUACCAUAAAAUCCCGGGAUAUGAGCCGAAAGAGGCAUCACCUGGUCCCGGAGACCUUUGGAGUUAAGAGGCGGCGGAAGCGAAGGCUUGUGGAGUCGGAUCCUCUUCGUGGCGAGCCAGGGUCGGCGCGCGCGGCUGUCUCAGAGCUCAUGCAGCUGUUCCCGCGAGGUCUGUUUGAGGACGCUCUGCCGCCCAUCGUGCUGAGGAGCCAGGUGUACAGCCUCGUGCCUGACAGGACCGUGGCCGACCGGCAGCUGAAGGAGCUUCAAGAGCAGGGGGAGAUCAGAAUCGUCCAGCUGGGCUUUGACUUGGAUGCCCACGGAAUUAUCUUCACUGAGGACUACAGGACCAGAGUCCUCAAGGCCUGUGAUGGCCGACCGUAUGCUGGGGCAGUGCAGAAAUUUCUAGCUUCAGUACUUCCAGCCUGUGGGGACCUUAGUUUCCAGCAGGACCAAAUGACACAGACCUUUGGCUUCAGGGACUCAGAAAUCACGCAUCUGGUGAACGCAGGAGUCCUCACCGUCCGAGAUGCUGGAAGCUGGUGGCUAGCUGUGCCUGGAGCUGGGAGAUUCAUCAAGUACUUUGUUAAAGGGCGCCAGGCUGUCCUUGGCAUGGUCCGGAAGUCCAAGUAUCGGGAGCUGCUCUUAUCAGAGCUCCUGGGCCGGCGGGCUCCUGCUGUUGUGCGGCUUGGUCUCACCUACCAUGUGCACGACCUCAUUGGGGCCCAGCUAGUGGACUGGUGA